GAAUGGAUUGAAUUGACCAUAUGGGACUCAUAAUUUCUAUUUCUAAGCAUAUAAAAUAUUUCGCAAGCUGCUAGUGUCAAUUGUAACUGUUUAAUUGUAAAACAAAUAUAUAAACUAAGUGAUAAAAUGGCAUCAACAGUUCCACUUAUUGUCAGAUUAUUAGCUUCGUCCGUGUCAGUUGCGAACAGAGCUGGGAAAAUAAUCAGAGAUGUUAUGAGUAAAGGAGAACUUGGUAUUGUUGAAAAGGGAAAAGACGACCUUCAAACAGAGGCAGAUAGAUCUGCGCAGCGAUGUAUUAUUGCAUCACUGUCUGCACAGUUUCCUAAAUUGAAUAUUAUUGGUGAAGAAGAUAAUCCUGAUACUGAAAACUAAAGUGACAAAUGAAUGUACAGUCCACCCUGACGUUAAGUGAGCUUUAAGAUCUCCUCCGAGGACUAAGGUGGUAUGCCUCACAGUCGGUAACUAGCUCUCUAUACCAUUUGUUUCAUUUAUCCAUUCUUUUUUAAUUUUUUGUGUUAACAAAUAUGGCAACAAAAUAAAACAUAAUAAUGAUGACUAAUAUCCUGUGCAAUUGAUAGCCCCUAACACUAUUCUUAGAAUACUUACUGUGGUUGAAUCUGUUAGAUGGACAUUAAUACACUCGUAUGACUAGUUUACCAUAAAAUCACAGUAUAAGAAUUACACUAUGAUGUUAUUGCAUGCUUAAACAAGAAAUCCAGUAGCUGAACAUCAGGCACUCUAAGCCGAAAGCUUUGAUAAAAUAUAUACAGUAUCUGGAAUUCUAUUGUUUGAAAUUGGUUAUAAAUUCCCAUUUUAUUUUAAAGGAUGAGAUUCCCAGUGAUUGGAUUGUUAUAGACACAGAUAAGGAUAUAUUGACUAUACAGUGCCCUUCCAAUCUUCAAGGUGUAAAGGAGGAGGAUAUUGUGGUGUGGGUGGACCCCCUAGAUGGAACCUCUGAAUAUACCCAAGGUAUUUUUUUUUAACAAACUUGUGACAGACCGAAGAUUCGGUUUCGGUAAUAUUUUCGGUUUCGGCAAAAAAUCUGUGCAGAAACUCAGUAUUUGUGUAUUAUUGUGCGUCGUUCAGAUGAGUUUGUGACUUGUGUGUUACUUGCUCGUAAAAAGUAUUCUAAUCUUUGUUGAGACAUAAUUACCUAGUCAGGUCAUAAGUAUUAUCACACAGUAAAAACUUUUCUUUUAGAAUGCUGGCCACAAAAAAGUUUAUUGAAUUUGAAUUUCGAAUUGUUCAUGAAAAUAAAACUGUAUACGUUUUAGAAUUUUACUCAUUUUUAAAUAUGGAGUGGACGCUUAAAGAAGACCGUGUUGCAGUUAUUGCGUUUGCAUCGUUGCGGUUACGCGCCUAUUAAAAUUUUUGACAUACUGAAAAAUUUUAAUAUAACCAAAAGAUUCGUUUAUCGUACCAUCAUACGAUACAAUGAAGACUCUAGUGUAGAUGACAGGUCAAGAAGUGGUCCCCCUCGGUCUGUUAGGACUCCAGCAGUGAUAAAAGCUGUGAAGGCGCGAAUUCAAAGAAAUCCCAAACGUAAGCAGAAACUGUUGGCCCUUCAGAUGGGGUUAAGCAGAACCACGGUGAAAAGGGUGUUAAAUGAAGACUUAGGGUUUCGGGCAUAUCGAAGAAAAACAGGACAUCGUUUGAAUGCUCGUCUAAUGGACCUGACACUGAAGAGAUGCCACGCUUUGUUGAAGCGGUACGCGGGAAAAAAUAUCGGGAAAAUCUUUUUUCGGAUGAAAAAAUUUUUACCGUAGAAGAGAGCUACAACAAACAAAAUGAUAAGGUGUACGCACACAGUAGUGAAGAAGCGAGCAACCGUAUUCCGCCUGUCCAACGAGGUCAUUUUCCAUCCUCGUUCCAGCUCAUGGUAUGGUUGGGAGUUUCUUAUAGGGCCUUAACAGAGGUACAUUUUUGUGAGAAAGGUGUAAAAACGAAUGCAGUUGUGUAUCAAAAUACAGUCCUGACGAACCUUGUGGAACCUGUUUCUCAUACCAUGUUCAAUAACAGGCACUGGGUAUUCCAAUAAGAUUCGGCGCCAGCUCAUAGAGCGAAGAGCACACAAGACUGGCUGGCGGCGCAUGAAAUCGACUUCAUCCGGCACGAAGACUUGCCCUCCUCCAGUCCAGAUUUGAAUAUGUUAGAUUACAAGAUAUGGUAAGACUUGGAGGAAAAGGCGUGCUCAAAGCCUCAUCCCAAUUUGGAGUCACUCAAGACAUCCUUGAUUAAGGCAGCCGCCGAUAUUGACAUGGACCUCGUUCGUGCUGCGAUAGACGACUGGCCGCGCAGAUUGAAGGCCUGUAUUCAAAAUCACGGAUGUCAUUUUGAAUAAACUUUAGUGUCAUAAGAAUCUAUGUUUUGUUAAGUUCAUUUUGGUAUAUAAAUGGUUACAUAAUGAAUAAACUUGUUUCAAUUAUUUUAUAUUAAACAUGUCACAGAAUUUAUGACCUGACUAGGUAUAUUAAGUUAAUGCUUAACAAGAGAUCUCAUUAAAUAAUAUAUUAGUUUAUUAUUUUACUUUAUAUUUAUUAGUUUUAACAAUAUUGUGAACACAGUAAAAUAUGUUCUCAAUUAGCAAGUAACUUUUAUAUUUUUGACAAAAUUUACUUAAAAAAGUAUUUCUUAAUAUUGAAUUGUUGAAGUUUUACUUUAAAAUAAAUAAAUAUAUUGCUCCAUGACUACUACAAAUACUGUUUUUCAUUAAAAUGAAUUACCUAUCUGUAUAUGUCUCAAAAAUAUACCAAUUUCAGUAUAAAAAAAAUAACAUGUCUAAAUAAGUUUCGGUUUCGGCCGAAACUGAUAUCCAGACCGAAAAACAAAGAAAUCAGAAGGAAAAUCUACCCCUCCUCGGGAUCAUAAAUAUAAAAAACUGGGUUGUUUAUAUCAUUGAUGCACCCAUACUUAAAAGUGAAAAUAUGUCUAGUAUAAAAAAAAACCAAUUCACAUUUAAUCACAAUGCUGUACAGUAUGUUUUUCUUUAAUUCUUGAUAAAUAUUUUUGGACAUUGUCCUUAAAAAUAGUAACAAUCAGUGGCGGAUUUACCAGCAGGCUGAGUAGGCUGAAGCCUAGGGCGGCAGUUUUUGGGAGCGGCAAAUUUGGGAUCAAAUUUUUUUGUGUUUUACAGAAAUUAAAAGAUUCAUAUUUAUAUACCUAAAUGAUAUUCGGUCCACAAAAAAUUUAACAUGUAAUAUGUUUCACCACUUACAUAAAUAUUACUACAUUUUGCGUGAUCAGGCUUAAUUGUGGCCCAGGAACGAGUGACAUGACUAUUCGCUAAGUGUCUGACCGAAAUGCCGAAUUGACUACAUGAGCGCGGCCCUCCCGAGAGGAAAUAUAAUCUAUUUUAUUUUAGUUGUUAAAAAAAAUAAUGAUGGGACAAAGCGACAGUGGAGCUGAGUACAAAAAGAAGGC